UUUAGGGGGUUCGGUCAUUUAAAGUAUACCUUUAGCGAAGCGGGUUGUGCUCAAGGUAUGAUGGGUGAAUACGUUUUUUGCCAUUCCCAAGCCAAAUACGAGGAAUUUGUCAAAAGUAACUAGGGUCCUUACUAUUUUUUAUGCUUUUUUGUACAAAAAUAUCAAGUGAGGAUACAGUGAAAAAAAAAACCUGAGAUUUUCAGUGUCUUCAUUAUCCGAUAGGUUUAUUCCUUGGCCAACGCUUCUUUUUCUUUAUUUUUUUGUGUUUUUGCUUUAGAUUUUUGGGUGUGAAAACUAUCUUGCUGGUUUUAUGUUUUUUUCUCUACUUUAACCUGGUUAUGCAGCAUUAGACAUGGAAUCGUCUAAAGUCACUCCCAAAAAAAUGGGUCAAACUACGCGUCGUGCUAUCCAUUCUUGCUUGGCAUGUAGAAAAAAGAAACUGAAAUGCGAUCAUGGAAGACCUUGUUCAAACUGUAAGAAAAGAGCAACAACAUAUUCGUGUAUAUACUUGCAACAAGGACAACCAUCAACAAAUAACUUUGAUGGAGGAAACGAAACCGAUUCUGUGAUAAAUGAGCUUUUGAGUAGGAUUUCUCAUCUUGAGCAUAUGCUCGGAGAACUAAACCCCCGUGGCUCUUCCCAAGAUAGUGCUUCAGCACCGUUGACCCCAGUUAAAGAAGAUUCUGCUGCUUUUGAUGAGACUGAACGAAACAUAGGUACUCUAUCAUUGCGAGAUUCAACAAAAACUACCUAUGUUAAUUAUCCUUCAUCUUAUCAUUUGGCCUGGCAUUUACGAAAAACGAAUUCUCUGAACUUAGACCAUGACUUUUCUGAAGAUGGAAAGGAAGUUACGCAAGAAUCGUUUUUGUUUCGCCUUCCUGUUCGGGAACACGCUCGAAACUUUCUUCCUCCGAAGCACAUUUCAGAUCUUCUCAUCGAGGCUUACUUUCUUCGUUGUCAUUUAUUUAUACCGGUCUUACAUAAGUCUACGUUUAUGGAAAGGUACAAAGUAUUUUGGGAGGAACCUGCUGAGAGAAAGCCAGCAAUGACAUCUCUUCUUUUUGCUAUGUUUGCUAGUGCCCUACUUGCUACCCCAAUAGAAACUCGACUUAGUUGGAAUUUAGGAGAAGAAGAAAAAUAUUUGUCCGUUGAUUAUCAUUUGGCAUUUCGUUACGCGUUAGCAUCAUCCAACUUUUUAUUUGAUCCUGAUCUCAAUGCUUUAAGAGCUUUAAUUAUCUGUCAGGUCGCUUUUGAUUCUGAUACUACCCUUGCUCCUCCCUCGAUGGUGGGCUUAAUUACACAAACUGCUUACUUUAUGGGACUACAUCGAGAUGGAUCUUUGUAUGGAUUAAAUAGUGUUUAUGCUGAAAUUAGACGACGAGUUUGGUUCUCUGUAUUGGUUUUAGACCUUAGAGUAUCUGAAAUGACAGGAAUACCUCCACGAAUCCAUGAGGACAGUUAUGACACGAGUUUUCCUAGUCUUUUACCAGAAGAAAACUAUCAAGCGGAUCCAUCAAUUUUUACUGCUGGACGCUUUGUUUGUAUAUCUGGUAGAGCAUCACGUGAAGUCUCAAAGUACAUGCGGAUGCUGUUAGGCUUAAAGUCUCCAAAUUAUAGCAAAAUUUUGGAAAUGGAUCAGAAACUGACUGAUUAUUAUAAAGAAAUUAAGCAAGAGCUACUUCCUGAACCUACAACUGUUCAUGAAAGAUUAUUACACCUUUUUACGACUUACAUCUUUCAGCGGUUUCCUAUUUUGUUUCAUUUUCCUUUUCUGUUAAAGAAAGGUGCUUCAGCUUUUUCAUACAGUCGUAUCCGUUCUGUUGAAUGUGCUUUAGAUGCUUUAUCCUGUUUGUAUGAGCUUGGCACGACUCCGGAGUUUUCUAUGUAUUCAUGGUUCUUUUGGAGAUAUCCCCCUUUUCAUCCGUGCAUUGUUCUUUUUUUAGAUAUUUUACAUUCUGAACAAACUAUAUAUUCGGAUGAUAAAAGAGUGGUCAUGAUUAACCAAAUAUUUUCAUUAUUUCCUAAAAUAACGGAUAUACAACGCUUUCAUCAGGCAUGGUCACUACUAAAAACUUCGCGAACCCAUGUCUGGGAAAAAUUAGGACUAAAAUCAUCUAAUAAUUUAGCAGUCUCGGACGAAAACAUACCUGAAUUGGGGUUUCUAGAUCCGUCGAAAUUGGAUAUUAGCUGGGAUGAUUGGGAUGCGAUUUUUCAACAUUGCCCAUUUUAACUUUGAGCUGCACAAUUACUAUACAUGUGUUAUACAAUAGAAAGAUGGUUUAUUUAUUUGUUUUGUAGGUAAUAGUUAAUACCAUAUCAUAUACGAAGGAUACUUUACUUCACUUUUUCUUUUUUAA